UAAUAAAAUUAGAGCAUCCGUAAAAAUUGUUGCAUUGGCCUACUGUCAAAAAUUGUGUUUACAAGCUGGAAUUCGAGAAGUGGAUAAAACUAUAACGUGAAAUAUUUGUACCAUUUAUGCAGUGAUAGAUUCAUAUUAAUUUAAAAUGAGUGAAUACGAAUCUGCUGGCAGUCUUAAUCUGCCGAUUGAAUCCAUGAAGAUGAUGGCAGAGAGUGUGGGGGUCGCCGGUCUUUCAGACUCGGCGGCUAAAGAGUUAGCUGAUGAAAUAAAUUUUCGACUGAAAACAGUCAUACAAGAUGCCACAAAGUUUAUGCACCAUGGGAAAAGGAAAAAGCUUUCCACAAUGGAUAUUGAUCAUGCACUUAAAAUAAAAAAUAUUGAGCCCCUGUAUGGAUUUGCAAAUGCAGACCAUAUUCCAUUUCGCUUUGCAAGUGGUGGAGGCCGUGAACUGCAUUUCCUGGAGGAUAAGGAAAUUGACAUUGCAGAAAUUAUUGGUGGUCCCUUACCAAAAUUACCUUUAGAUGUUGCCCUGAGAGCUCAUUGGCUCAGUAUUGAUGGAAUUCAGCCAGCAGUUCCAGAAAAUCCCCCAUCACUGUCCAAAGAUCAACAGCGACUGGAGAGCUCUGAUCCUGUGUCUAAGCUAGCGAAAAUUGGAGACAAAACCCAGAAAAAAUCUACAACUCUCACAGCAAUUAAGAAGCCCAAAACAGAGACUGUCCAAGUUAAACAGCUUACAGCCCAUGAAUUGUCUGUUGAACAGCAAUUAUACUACAAAGAAAUUACCGAAGCUUGUGUGGGAUCUGAUGAAGCAAGACGAGCCGAAGCUUUCCAAAGUUUGGCUUCAGAUCCAGGAUUACAUCAAAUGUUACCCCGCCUUUGUACUUUUAUCGCUGAAGGCGUACGUGUUAAUGUAGUACAAAACAAUCUCGCCCCUCUGAUUUACCUGAUGCGCAUGGUUAAAGCGUUGCUUUCCAAUCAAACACUCUACCUUGAAAAAUACCUUCACGAGCUUGUUCCUGCAGUCACAUCUUGCAUGGUUAGCAAACAGCUUUGCCUUCGACCAGAAGUGGACAAUCACUGGGCUUUGCGAGACUUCUCCUCCCGCCUCAUUGCACAGAUUUGCAAAAAUUACCACACCACGACAAAUAAUUGCCAGACUCGUGUCACCCGAUUGUUCUGCCGAGCAUUAGCUAAUGACAAAAUGCCAUUAGCAUCAUUUUAUGGCGCACUUGUUGGACUAUCGGAGCUAGGGACGGAAGUUAUCAAGGCCUUUAUCAUUCCGAAAAUACGUGCGAUAGGUGAACGUAUCGAACUUUAUUUGGAUGGAUCAGGCCAGGCAAAUGCUGAUCGUAUUGCGGCUUCUCACAUCAAACAGUUGACGAUUAAAGUCAUGGUACCUAUAUUGAAAGUAACCCGUCAGCCGCCCGACAACGUUGACGACUAUCGUCAAGAAUUCGGGUACCUUGGUCCGGCACUUCACGGUGCCGUAAACAGGGCGAGAUCGCAGACUACGACAACGACAGCGUCCUCGGGUGUGAUUUCAUCAGGUGCAGCCGGCAGCCUGGGAUUAUCUGCUGGACGUGGCACUAUCGUGAUGGGCGGAGCCACUGGCUCGGCAACGACUUCGCGGAAUCAGACUAGCGCUGUCGCGAACGCUGCUAGCAAUCCUACUAAAUACAUGUUUGUAACUUCCAGACCAUCAACACCAGUUCAGGCGACAGCUCCUCAAACCACCCAGGUCGUCAAGUUAGUAUCGGGCGCUGGACAGGCCAAUAAACAGACUGUUAUGACGACCAAUCAACCGAAGUAUGUGAUGGUUAACAGCAGCCAAAUUGUUCGGGACGUCGGAAAUAAGGCACCCAUAAAAAUGGAAGGCACUGAAGUGGCGCCAGAAGUCAAAAUGGAAUCAUCGAUGGUAAUUAAGACAGAAAAUAUCACCAUUCUCGACGAUUAACGAGAAGAAAGGAGGAACGAUGAAGUAUCUUUAAUGUGUUGCUUAUAAUCGAUUGAUUUAAAUAAAAUCUCAAAGAGUAGUCGAAACUGACAAAGGAUAAUAAUACAAGUUGUCGCGUCUUAAAUAA